AUGCCAACGAUGACGAGGAAGAGAAUCUGCGAACGCGGGCAUUCUAUUAAUGGUGCGGUGGGUGAGGUGGAUGACAUCAACCCAAAAAGUGCUGCUAAUAAGCAUGUCGUCGGUGGCAAACAGUUUGGAGAGGACGAAUUGAAAGCUAAAAGUAAUCACAAAACACUGCUAGCUGAUGUGUUAAAGUCGGAUGUUAGUGUGGACGAGAUGAAAAAGUUUCAGCGAAACGUUAUCUACGCCCUUAAUCGACUCAUGAAAGAAGCAGAAAUGGAGAAAGAAAAGAGUUUUCAAGGAAAAAAUGAACUUUCUGUUUAA